CCUCAUGUCUCGCACCGCAACUCUCGGUCAGCCUCUGUUCAUAUUGAAUUCAUACACAAAGCGACACUGUCAGACAGCGCUCUCGAUCAGAAGCCGCACCAGCUUAUUUUGUCUACCGGAGGACUUCCGCAUAUCCUGGCUGGCCUACACUGCACGCACGGCUCAAAAAGGGGGCCGCCCAUCGCAUCGCAACGCAACGCUAGUAACCGCUCUGCCCGCCUUUAGUAGCCCACCAUGGCGGAUCUGUUCGAGUCGUACGCAUCGGACUUUGCAUCGCUGACCGAGUCGAUCCGCAGUAAGCUGCAGCACACGGGCACAGACAAUGCUACGGGGGAGGCACGCAAGGCGUCGCUCCGCCGGGCGCAGAUGGAGGCCGACGAAGCGGACGAGGUGCUAGGUCAGAUGGACAUCGAGCUGCAGAACUUCCCACAGAGUAUCAAGAGCCGGUACGCGCUCAAGGUCCGCGAAGCCAAGACGGACCUCGAGAAGCUAAAGAAAGAGAUUAGUGGUACUCUAACCGCAUUCUCAGGGAGUCGCUCAGCGUACGAUCCACAUGCCUUUGGUGAAUCCGGUGGCGACCUCGAAGCCGGCGCCGGCAGUAACGACCCGGUUCUGCAGCGACAACGGCUCCUGCAAGGCACGGCGCGCCUUGAGGAUGGCAGCCGACGACUGGACGAGAGCAAUCGCAUCGCACUGGAGACAGAGACCCUGGGCGCCGACAUCCUACGGGAUCUCCGAAGCCAACGGGAACAGAUCGAAAAUGCUAGAGAUACACUGCGUGAGGCGGAUGGCAGCAUCGACAGGUCGUCUAGGACGCUGACCAAGAUGAUUCGUCAAGCAAAACGCCAAAAAAUCGUCACAGCAGGCAUUAUCACCGUCCUGGUGUUGCUCAUACUGCUUAUCCUUUACAGCAAGAUCUUUUGACGUACGAGCUGGCGCUUGCAUGGCCCGGUUGGUCUCGGUCUCACGUUACGGACGCUAUGGGUUCCGUUUGUGUAUUUACUUCUCAUCCUGCUGCGUCUUUUGUGCAUAUUCAGUGCUCUAUCCCAUCUC